AUGCUAAAGAAAGGUUCAAGAAGAGCGAGCUCAUCAAGAGGAGCGCGCAUCUUCUCUGAAGACAAUAGCGUGCAUAAAUUUAGCAGAAUCAAGAACACAAACCUUCUUGAAGACGACGAUGACAUUUACAAUACAAGAAAUAGACCAGAUCAGUUCAUAAAUAAUUCCAACUCGAGCUCGCCUUAUAAUGAUCGUUCUUCUACCUCUCCAAUGGACAAGUCUCCGUGGUCCUCUCAGACGAACGUCAACGUUCCUUUUGAAGACAAUGAUGAUAAUUCCUCUCCUAAUGUGCUAAUGGGAUCCCUAGUACGUGAAGAAGGUCAUAUUUAUUCCUUGGCUACAUCUGGCGAUCUUCUGUAUACAGGUUCUGAUAGCAAGAAUAUAAGGGUUUGGAGGAAUCAGAAGGCGUUUGCGGGGUUUAAAUCGAAUAGUGGAUUGGUUAAAGCAAUUGUGAUUUCUGGUGAAAGAAUAUUUACAGGCCAUCAAGAUGGUAAAAUAAGGGUAUGGAAGGUAUCUUCCAAGGAUCCAAGUGUUCACAAACGUGUAGGCACCUUACCAACCAUGAAGGAUUACAUCAAGAACUCGAUGAAAACAAGUAAUUAUUUUGAAGUUAGACGUCAUAAGAAUUCGGUAUGGUUCAGACACUAUGAUGCAAUUUCAUGUCUUAGCUUUAGCGAAGAUAAGACAUUUCUUUAUUCAUCAUCAUGGGACAAGACCUUCAAAGUUUGGAGAAUUUCCAAUUCCAGAUGCAUUGAAUCAGUCAUUGCUCAUGAUGAUUCUGUUAAUUCAAUCGUAGCCGGAUACGAUGGUCUAGUCUUCACAGGAUCAGCAGAUGGAACUGUCAAGGUUUGGAGGAGAGAAUUACAAGGGAAAGCAACCAAACAUUUCUUUUCACAAACAUUGUUGAAACAAGAAUGUGCCGUUACAGCAUUGGCAGUUAAUCCUGAUACCACAGUUGUCUAUUGUGGCUCAUCAGAUGGGCUUGUUAACUUCUGGGGGCGUGAAAACCAUUUAUCUCAUGGUGGUGUUUUAAGAGGUCAUAAAUUGGCCGUUCUGUGCUUGAUUACAGCGGGGAACCUUGUGCUUAGUGGCUCAGCUGAUAUGGGAAUAUGUGUGUGGAGGAGAAUGGGAAUUGAUCACAUGUGCUUGUCAUUGUUAACAGGCCACAACGGACCUGUUAAGUGCUUGGCAGCGGAGAGAGAUGACGGGUCGGCAUCCAGCGGGAGGCGAUGGAUUUUGUAUAGUGGUAGUCUAGAUAAAUCCGUGAAGAUGUGGAGAGUGUCUGAAAACUCACCUCCAGUGGCGUGGAAAGGAUGCGCUAGCAGUGCUCCUAUCGCCAUACCAAGCUCACUGCCAGCAGGUCCAAGCUUCCCAGCUCAGAGCAGGAUUAACGAUGUACAGAAUUAA